AUGGCGAGUGUUGUCGGAGCGCUGAUCUUCUUCCUCCUCUACUUUCCCUACAUGUUCGUUACGGACGCGGGCGCCUCUGUCAACACCAAAGUCCUGGCGUCGCUGUCGCCGCCCGUGGCGCUGUCCAUAGGGGCUGGCCUCAUUGCGCAGCUGGAGAGUGCUGGUCAAGGAGUCCGCUUCUCCACGCUGAACGAGGCGAUCGAUAACUCCUCCAUGGCCCAAGUGCUGGUGAUGUUGCUCAUCGACACGCUGCUCUAUGCGGGGUUGGCCUGGUACCUCGACAAGGUGCUGGUCGUUGGCUUUGGAACCCGCGAGCGUUGGUUCUUCCCCUGCACGCGGCAGUACUGGCAGCCCCGGACGAGUGUCCUCUCUCAGUCCGAGCUCCAAGACCUCGAGCAGGGCUUUGACGAUGCGCAGCCGCCCAGCAGGCAUGAGGCCGUCCCUGUGGAGAUGGCGGAGCAGCGGAGCAUCCUGGUGCGAAACCUCUGCAAAGACUUCAAGGCUGCAGAUGGCAAAACCAUCCACGCGGUACGAGAUGUGAACAUGAACCUGUACAGUGGCCAGAUCUUCUGCCUCCUGGGCCACAACGGCGCAGGCAAGACGACCACCAUCAACAUGCUCAGCGGCAUGUUGCCCGUCUCCUCAGGCGACGCGAUCGUCUACGGGAAGUCCGUCCAGCGGGAGAUGCACCAAAUCCGACAGAUUUUGGGCGUCUGCCCUCAGCACGACGUCAUCUGGUCUGAGCUGACGGUGCGAGAGCACCUCGAGUUCUUCGCCAAAGCGAAAGGGGUCAGUCCGGAUCGUCUUGCAAGUGAGGUCGAUGAGUUGAUCCGGGACGUGAAUCUCGAAGAGAAAGAGAAUGCCUUGGCCGGAACCCUCUCCGGUGGCCAGAAGAGGCGCCUCUCCGCAGCGGUUGCGCUCGGGGGCGGAUCCAGGGUCGUCUUCCUGGAC